AUGACUUUGCAUUUGCUAAGGUCACCGUCAAGGCCAGCCAAGCUAGCAUCAUUGGCCGUAGUUGCACUUAGGAGGCCUUAUUCGUCUGCGACGGUAUCUCCCCUCAGUUUCGACCUCCAUGAGGCCCCUCGAGGAGAGGAGAAGGGGACUCCAAUCAUUUUCAUGCAUGGCCUUUUCGGCUCCAAGAAGAACAACAGGACUAUGAGCAAAGUCCUCGCCCGUGACCUGGGAAGAAAUGUUUAUGCUUUGGACAUGAGAAAUCAUGGGGACUCGCCGCGUCAUGAACGCCAUGACUACGCUAUCAUGGCUGACGAUGUUGCGCGGUUCAUGGACGAGCAUAAGCUGGAGGACACAACUCUCAUCGGCCAUUCAAUGGGAGCCAAAACGGCCAUGGCGUUUGCGCUCAAUUAUCCCAGUAGAAUUCAAAACAUCGUUGCGGUGGACAAUGCGCCGAUAGAUUCACCCCUACUAAGAAGCUUUGGGCAAUACGUUCAAGGGAUGAAGAAAAUUGAGCAGGCCGGCGUAACGAGGCUAUCAGAAGCCGAUGAAAUUCUAAAGGACUACGAAGAGGAAAUCAUCAGACAAUUUCUCCUUGGGAAUCUGUACCGUCCUGCAAACGAGAAGACGCAGAAAUUUAAAUUCUCCUUGAAGACAUUAGCUGCCUCCCUCGGCCAUCUAGGCGAUUUCCCAUACAGAAAUCCCGACGAAGUCCGCUUUGAAAAACCCGCCCUGUUCGUUCGGGGCACCCAAAGCCCGUAUAUUCCAGACGAAGCUAUACCCCUCAUUGGGCGCUUCUUUCCUCGAUUUCGACUGGUCGAUAUUGAUUCUGGCCAUUGGGUCAUUGCAGAGAAGCCCGAAUUAUUUAGACAAGCUGUCGUAGAGUUUCUUGGCCAAGACAAGGAGAAUUAG